AUGCCAGAACAUCACGCAGUUGACAUCGAGAAUGUCCCAAUCGUUACUCCACCACCAUACAUGGAUCCAGCCAAUGCUCAGGCAAAGAAGAAGAUGUCAAGAAUUAGAAAGGAAUCGGUUUCACACAUGAAGCCAUGCGAACAUUGCGGUGCUCCACCACAAGCACAAGCUGCCAAUAUGCCACAUGAGCAAGUGCUCGUCUGGCCAGCGGUCCGUCCAAUCAACCACAUCCAUCAGGACUCUCGCCAAUUCAUCGGAUACGUCAUCGUCAUCGCAAUCGUCAUCUUCUUACUCUUCGCUGCUUGCAAGUAUUUACCUUAA